GUAUUGAGUACUGUUGAGUCUCAAAAAUUAAAUAAUUUUCACAGAUUCCUGGAAGAACAUCAAAAUCAAAGAAUCUCAACACAUAAGAGUGUAAUGUGUCUUAUUUCAUAUUUUGUUGCUUGAAAACAAAUCAACCAUGUUUCGUUCAAGAGCUAAUGAAAAAGACCGUGUGGGUGAUGCAGGGGUGAAUAGAGAAGUCAGUGUGCCCCUAGUCAAGACUCAAGAUGGGAAAGAAUAUGAUCCCAAGCAAAAGUCAACCUCUGCCAACUCAGUGAUAAGUGCUGUAGAUGCCGAAACUGAAGAGGCUGUGCAGGCCCAAGAGAGCAAGAGAAGGAAGCGGCGGAUUAUGAAAAUAGCCGUCUACUUCAUGUUUGGGAUCAUUGCUCUUGGUGUCUUUUCUAUCUGGCUUUUCCACAAAGACACAGUGGAUUCCCUGAGGUUUGGCUCAGAUUUUAUCAUCACCGUCAAGCUGCGGUCCAUGGAGGUGAAGAACCUCAAUGGGGACAUUGUCCUGUACGGGGAGAUGGGCCAGUACCUGGACGCCACGCCUUACGACAACUGCUUUGAAAACCACACAGAGAAAGAGGUGGACAACUGUGUUCACUGGAGGAACGUGGCCUCGCUGAGUGUGACCAAGCAGGAGAACAGCUCCCUGUCAUGUUACACCAUACAGUGGGACAGCUACGCCCCUGGGAUCAAAGCUGAAGACUGUUUCUACCUGCAGCGCUACAACUGGUACGGUUACCUGACCAACACCUCAGCCCUGUGGCCUAUCAGUGACGUGUAUAUCAAAGAUGUGAAUUACUAUACAGAAUACCCAGAGGAACAACCUGAAAACCUGGUGCCUAUCUGGUUUGGUCAACAAGGGAUAUCUAUUUUUAUCGAUUCUGGAUUCCCGUUUAGUUUGUCAUGGAAUGUUACAGAUGAAAGGCAGUUCUGUAUUGCUUCAAAACUUGAGGCUAAAGUUGCAGGGGAACCUGUGCCUCAGCUGCGCUACUCUAUAUGUCAAAGUGAGACUCUGAAGGAAGUUGUCAAAACAACACAGCAGCACAGGCAGGAGGUGGACACAGACUUCCCCUUCAAGCAGAAACACAAACACCUCCUGCUGAACAAGCCUAUCCAUUCGCUGACUGCUAGAGAAAACAUGAAGGAGCUCCUUGAGCAGAUACAAAAGAAGCAGCUCCAGUGCAGCCUGAUGGAGCUGUUUGACAACUGGGAGGAAGAGUUUGGUAACUUCACAUUUGAUGCCAGGAUUGUUGAUGAAGUAAUGAACCUUUUCAGUGCAGCAGCCAGCAUUCAAUGCUAUCCAAUCCUUCCUGUCUCCACAUUUUUCAGCUACAAGUCUCAGUAUUUCACUGAAGGGGUUUCUAAAGGAUACUUUGUCCGAGAUAGACAGAACCUGGUCACGCGUAUGAUCCGGUGGAGAGGACAGGAAGGGGCGGCCCUGGACGUGACCAACCCACAAGCAGAGCAGUGGUACUUGCAACAUCUCCAGCGUAUUGUUGAGCAGUAUAAAAUAAAAGCACUGAAACUGUUACACCUGAGUGUCCCAUCUGACUCCAAGUAUUACGACGAUACCAUGACACAUCUCGACUACACCAGGAUAUUCUAUCGAGAUCUAGCCAACAGGUUCAACGUCUCCUUGGUUUUAGAGCUGGCCACUGGUUUCAUCCCUCUCCCUGUCUACACCCCAGUCAGAAUGAAGUUCUACGGUGAGCCUGGCUCCUCAUGCCUCAACACCUCCAUCCCUUUUUCUCUAAUGCUGGGACUCAGCGGCUUCCAUCUUCUGAUUGCAGAUGCUGACAGAAUGGCAGAUCCCUCCACUACAGAGGAAAUGUUCAUUCGAUGGCUUCAGGUGGCCAUUUUCUUCCCAGUUCUAGAAAUACCAAGUAUACCUGUACUCAGGAAGGAGAGCAUGCAAAAUGCGCUGAAUGAAACAUUGCAGUUCCGAAACACAGAACUGUUGCCGUACAUGAGUACAUUGUGGGAGAAGCAACCAGACCUGCCCAUCAUUAGACCAAUGUGGUGGAUGGCGCAGGACGACCCAGUGGCCCAGACCAUCAGUGACCAGUUUAUGGUGGGAGACGACCUGCUGGUGGCCCCGUUCUUGUGUGAGCGCACCACACAAAGGGACGUUUACUUCCCAGCUGGGUCGUGGGCAAGAAACGACACCAACGGCACACAGGUCAUUAUAGGUCCAGCUACCCGCACUGUGAAGACUGAUAACGUGAGUGCUAUCCCCUACUUCUGGAAAAAAGUUAGCGAACACAAUGAAGCCAAAUAA